AUGGUUCAUUUCGAAGACCUGCGCCAGGCGGCAUACAAUUCCGAGAAUGACCUAAACUCCUACCAGGCCAAGCAAGGUGUUGGUCGCAAGAGUGAUUCAACUCUCGAGUCCGGCGUCGACGAGAUGGUUGACCAGCGAUUCCCUGAAUCCCGAGGUGUCAAGUAUGGUCCUGGCUCAACUGCCUCUGGCAGUGAUCACCGUACGGUUCCUGAGGAUGAGGGUGGUACUCGGGAUGACCGUGGCAGACUCCCUAAAGCAGAGCACUUCCAGGGCCCAGGAGGCCCCGAAGACAAGAUCAAGAUCGAUUCAGAGAACCGGCCCGGCGACCCAGAUACUCUCAAUCUGCAGGACAUGAAGCGUCGGGGUAUUGCGCCGUAA